UUUGGCAACACAAUCAUCACAAUUUAGCGUACAUUAUGUUGCCGGAAGACAAAUAUAUUCGGAAAGUGAUCCAAGGAUGCUUCGAACUGGGUGUGCAAGUUUCCGAAGAACUGGCAUCUGUAUUUUUUAAAUGCUGGUUGUUGAAUCCCAACGUGAAGAAUUUACAAAAACAGCCAUUGAAGAAUACAAUGAACAGAAUUAUAGACCAAUGUGUUCAGUGUUUAUCUGUUCAUAAGGACCCAGCUAUAUUAUGCAUUAAAAUGCAAUUACUCAUAGAACACGACUAUAAAAAUAGAGAAUUUAUCAUAAAUAAAGUUAAUGAAGAAAAUGAUCAAAAAAUUAGACCAUUAUUGAACGACAUUUUAGAUAACGUGAACCACACUGGCAACAAAAUGAGCACAUAUUAUCAAAAAAUAAUACAGUUCAUCAUUUUAUCCAACUAUAUGGGUGAUCCGACUUCACCAAUACUCAUUCAGGAAAUUUCUGAUACAUUAAAUAACGUUUUAAAUCAAACAAAAUCAUCAGAAUUUGAUAACCAAUUACAAUCUUUAAAAAUAAAUCAAUUGAAAGAAAUAUCAAACUUGAUAUGUGGCAUUUGGCUUUACAACAUGGAUCGUAAAGAUAUUAGAGAUGAAACAUUGGACAUGAUAGAUACACUUCCUAAUGCUGUUGAUUUGCUUCUAAAAAAUAUUGAUCAGGAGUUAAGAGAUAGUUUUAAGAAAGUGAUGAUGACAACUUCAUGGAUACUUCAAUGCUAUAAAGUAUACACUGAGAUUUUAGCUCCAAUAUUUGUUAUAAGGAUUAAUUUUGCAACUGUUACAAUAAAAAAACUGAAUGAUUAUAAAACAGUAUUGGUAUUUUAUCUACAGUACCAAAAAAAUUUAGAAAUAAUCAAAAAUGAUUUAAAUAAAUUAAAAAUUGAAUUACCCGCAUUACUCAUUAAAUUCAACAUAAUAUUGAAAGAAAUAAAACAAUUAAAAAAUACAAAUGACUUUGGUGAGGAUACAAUCUGUCCAGAAUUCAAUAAUGUAACAAUUAUUUGGAGUGAAAUUAGAGGGAUUAUGAACCACCUAAGCAUUACAUGUAAUUUAAUAUUGACCAUGAAACAAUUGACAUAUGAAAUAAAUAAUAUUAGUGAGGAAAUCAAUAAUAAGUCUAUCAUGGAUACAAUUCUAACAGAUACUGAAGAACUGUAUACAAUUUUUGAAACAUAUCCAUUACAUCCCAUGUGUGAAUGGCAUCCACCUACAACCAGCACAGAUGAUACAAGGAACUUAUUUGCAGAUGGAUAUUGUGUGGUCAUGAUAGUCGAAACCGAUGGAACAUUAAUAAAACAUGACAAAAGCUUAGGUGUAAUACAGUAUUCUGAUGAAUGGUUCGGAUUUGCGAGUAUUCAAGCAGCACUACAUUUUGGUACCAAACCAACAUACUAUUUGUACCACUUUUUAAACUUAAUGAGGUCUAAAACACAUUUAUUAUCAUUUUUCCACUUAUAUGAACAAAUGGCAGAAACACAACACAAUUCAAAUGAACUAAUGAGUGAAAAGGACAAGUACAAAGAUGCACAAGUACAAACAGCAUUUUAUCCAAACGGCACAAGUGCAAUAAAUAAAAACAUCCAUAAAACAAAGGAAAUAAAAAAAUGUAUGAAUAAGAAAGUAAUUGACACCAACAAUGCAACAUCAAAAGUAACAACUCAAAGUGCACAAACUAUUGAUGUCUACAAAUCAGUUCAAGUGCAAACUAAAUCGUGUGAUGUUGGCAGUAACACUAUGAGUGAAAAAGCGACCAAUACAAAUCAGUCAGUUCCUCAUUCGUCCAUACGCUUUAAAAACAAGCCUUAUGCAGCUCUAGAGUAUGAUGAUAUAAACAGUUUUAAGUGCUCAACUACAACAAUAAGGUUCACUAACAAUUGUUUAACAAAAUUCAAAGAUUGA